AUGCCUCGGAGGAAGACAGACGGCGAUAGACCGGUAGCUACCCGCGCGGGCUCGCGUGAACGCAAGCCCUCCAAAAAGGCGAUCGCAGCCAGAGAGGCUGAGGCACUAGCACGGGCAUCCACUGCACGCAGGCGGGCGAAGGCCCUCCCGAAAAGCCAGGGUGAGCGAGUGCGGGAAGAGCUCGACGAUGACACUGCCACAGACGGGGACGCUACGCUUGUCCACAAGGAUGAAGAUAAGAAGGAGGAAGAUGUAACGAAGAAAUCCUCGACGAGUCAAGCUCAAGGCCAACGGGGACCGAAGGACGCUGGUCCGGUGCCGACUACGGCUGCGCACAAGAAGACAUCAUCCCUCAGCAAGGCAGCCAGUGGCGAAGAUAUGUUGAUCGUACCGCAGAAGAUAGUCGUCACACUGGUGGGCGCCGAACGCGGUCCCGCCGAGGUCAUUGCCGAGCCUAACAGCGACACUUGCAAAGCCCGCGGCGGGUUUGAGAAGGCCAUUCAAACGCUCACGGAACAAUACUACUCAAUUAUUCCGCACGAUUUUGGUAGACGGCGCCCAACUGUCAUCGACAAUAUUGCUACGCUGAAGCAGGAAUUAACGCUUCUCGAUGCCCUGGACAACAUGGAAGUCGCUUCGAAGAUCAUCCAAUCAUCGACUACUAUACCCCGUGACGCUGAUGGAUGCCUAGUAAAUCAGCUUGACGCGCAUUUUCGCGGAUUGCAGCUCUCGAAGAUGGAAUUGGUUGUACAUGCAAGUCACGAGUUUGAGGCGCUCAAGACAUACCUGCUUGACAUGCAUGGAGAGACACACAGGGACCACUGCUACCGCAUCCAGCACGCGUUCCGCAUCGAGAGGGAGGUUGAGACACAGGCUUGGACAACCGCGGGAUUUGAAAAACUCGCAGAUGGGGAGCGGUUAUUACUGUGGCAUGGGUCGUCCACGACAAACUUCGUGGGAAUCCUUCGAAACGGCCUCCGCAUCCGACCUCCAGAAGCGCCUUCCAAUGGCUCUAUGUUUGGCAAGGGUGUCUACUUCGCAGACAUGCUGUCAAAGUCAGCACGCUAUUGCACCACUGAUAAGAGCGACAAUAUUGGCCUGCUCCUCCUCUGCGAAGUCGCCGCCAAACCAUUCUUGGAGCGGUACACGGCAAACAUGAACGCCGAGACGUUCUGCAAGGCUGCGGGUGCACGAGCAACGAAAGGUGUGGGUUUGUAUCAGCCUAGCGGCUGGCAGGACGCUGGAGACGCGUUGAACCGCCCCGAGUUGCGAGGUUGCCACAUGCCCAAAGGUCCUCCUACCGAGGUCGUCGAGCAUCCGGCGCGGGUACAUGAGCCCACCCGGGGGCCGAUGUUUGGCCUCGUGUACAAUGAGUAUAUUGUCUACGACACCUCGCAGAUCCGGAUGCGAUACCUGGUGAUGGUCUCUGAUGAGAAUCUGACACCGACCACCUGUUCAACGGGCCUAUGA